AUGUACACACAUGAUGUCCAUGACCGUAUUAGCGGUAUCUCCGCAGCGGACCUUGCGCAACGUCUAGUCGAGGUAUCGUCGAGGAGCGCUGCACAGAGUAGCGCCUUUACCGAGACCUUUUCCCAGCGCUCCCUACCACACUGGGUGAGUGGACUUCUCUGGGAUGCAAAGUGCGCUGGUGCAGCCCCUCCGCGGACGGCACUCCUGGGCGGUGACACAGUGGAGAUGACAUCGUGUGUGUCGGACGCAACACUCUCGUGCGUCGCGCUCUCAGAGGAUGUGCGGUUCCGUUUUGCACGCUCGCGGCGCAGGCGCCUCACAGGAAUCCUCUCAUCGACGGCGGCGUCCGUGUCACUCCGAAUGAGCCGCGUCGACGUGACACACUUCUACUGGAUGGACGAGUGCGCGCCGCGAGUCUCGUACGGCGAACACUCGAUGUGGUUGACGGCGCUGCAAAAACGUCUUGCCCAAUGGGCCGUCCGCACAUUUGCACGGAAUGCGCUGCUGCGCAACAUAUCGCUGCAAACUCUUGAGGCUGUCUUUCCCGCGCUAAUGGCAUUCCCACCGUGUGAACGCGAGGAGCUUCUUCAGCAAGCAGCAGAGCUCCUUGGCCAAGGGACACUCCUUUGGUAUGGGGGGGCAGUGAUCAAGCAGUUCCACGAGAACGCCGCCUCGCUUACUCUCCCCUUGCUUACUUCCAGUGAGGAGCGCUGCUCCGCGGCGCUCAUGUUUGCGUUGGCAACAGCGCAAGAAGUCAUGGGCGCUCGAAGCAGCGACGGUGCCCGGGCAGUUCGCUUUCUCAUCGAGGAGUACGGCGUGCGCGGUGUGGCGUCAUCACCAGCACUGACAACCGCAACGCUGCUCACAUCUCGAGCAACAGUGCCGCUCUACACAAGUCCCGGCGUUGGAAGAGGCCCACGUCAGCAUAAUCUACUCCAGCCCUAUCUCUUCCCACUCUCCUGCGCAGAUGUAGAGGCGCUGCCGUGGACUCAGCAGAGCGCUGAUACCUCUUCCCCAGGGCACUACCGAGAGCUCCUUCGGCGCGUGCGUAACACCGCAGCGGUGGUGCUCACCACGGCUGCGCCAUUCACUGCAGCCGCUACGCAAGGGCGCCAUGCACACGAGGACGACAUCAACGCCUUCUUCUCAGCGAAUGAGGCACUCCGAAUCCACCGUGACACCCUUGCCACCCAUUCCAGUAGCGAUGUUCCCACUUCGUUGCCCACAUUUGCGGUACACGACAGCGGUGCAGCAGCGCGUUUGCGCCUGUUAGAAGCGGCACCCAAGUGGUGGGAGCAAGGAGCAAAAGCGAACAACAGCCACGUGGUACGUGACGAGACAGCGCUGACGAUCAAUGUGAAGGCCGCGGCGGCGGCGCUGCGCAAGCCACACCGUGGCGAUCAUGCGCUACUUGCCGCCAUCCACCGCACGCGCAAGCGUCAGCGCCACCACAAGCAGCUCACCUCGCAGACUGUGGAGGCGUCGCUGGUGGGUGCAUCGAUUCGGUUGAAGCGACGCACUUUCCUGGAGUUCGUGGACAUUUUGGCGCUCAACACGGACGACGAGGACCUCGAGGAAAAAGCGCGGCAGUACCUUGAGCAGCAGCACGUAGCUGAAACACAGAUUCGCAAGUUCACCAAGUUUUUAUCAUCCAUGCGCAGGAUGUGA